CCAAAGGCAUAGCUUUAAUCUGUGUAUAUACGGAGAAUUAAGAAGAGUCUUUCAAACAGGUGAAGUUCUAUCUUUUUUAGUCAAAGUAAAAACUCUGAUUUGUUUUUACUGGUAGCUGUUGCCGCUUCCUGCUUGCUGGAAUUUCUAAAUCUGGAAUCCCUGCUUGGUUAUGCAGACUUUUUACUGGUUUUCCAAAAACAUGUCCCUCAGUCUGUGAUAUACCUAAGGAAUGACGAUUUAGCUGGCUGGGAUUUUGUGAGCAUUGAGCAUAUAUCGGCACUCAUCUGAAGCAAACACAAUGUCUGCAGUCAAUCAAAUUCCAUGUCAUCCAAUGCAGGAGAGGGUGCCAGCAUGCGUGAAGGAUGUGACAGUAGUCCAGCUUUCCGUUGGAGGUAAAACGGUUGCAUCAUCUUGGAGAAAUCCAUUUCAGGGUGUAUCACAAGAACAGAAGAAUUAUCCAUUGAAUCAAAGUUGUAACGGGGACACUGUGUUAAAGGAAAUGGUUACAGAAGAGCCACAUACAACUUUUUCCGAGACACAUCUGAACAGCACAUGGGCUACAACAUGCAUCAAUCCUCUGACAUUAUCUGGUCAGGACACUGCAGAUGCUAAGCCUAUGAACUGGGACAAUAGCUCUGCCACUGCAGACUGUGGACUCCGUUUACUCAGUGAAACCAUAGGUGCCACACUGGCUACUCCUUUACAUCAUGAUAGUGUUUUUAUUAAAUAUGAGCAGCAGGAUACACAUCCUCAGGAUAAUGGUUCAAACCCUCACAUAUGCCAUAUUUGUCAGAACUGUCAGAUGUUAAAGGAAGAGUUGGACUCUGUGAAGGAGGAAAUCCAAGCUUUGAAAGCUUCACCGCUCUUUGGACUCGGUACUGCAAAGCUACAGGAGUUGUCUGGAGCCUUCAAUACCAUAUUUCAGAUCAUGCAGAUUCCCAUUACAGCAUCACCAACACUGCCAGACAGUCCUGGCUGUAAAUCUGUUCAGGAGAACACAUCUGCAGCAAAUGAAAAACAUGUCACAGACUCUGUUUGGCUUGAUGCUCCCAUCCAUGAUGCUCAAAAAGAGACAGCCUGGUGUGAGCCAAAGAAUACUGCAGAUCUCCUUGUUACAGAGUCUGUUUGCUCUACUGAGCCCUUGUCCAGUGUCAUCAAUGACUGCAGAGUAAAUCCUCCUUUAAAGGUAUCUGAAUCAGCAUGGCCAGGUACAAAUACUCAUGAUGCCAUACAGCAGGCUCCCUGGACGAAGCCAAGAACUACCUCCAACCUUCUAAUUACAGAAUCUGUGUGCUGUAAUGAGCCACCACCAAGUAUCAACAACAAUAGCAGUGGAGAUCCCACUUUAAAGGUGCAUGUAUUUGACAAGCCAAACCAGCCAACUCAAAUGACUGCUGUACCCAAAGUCCAAAACCCGCAUGCUCAAGGCAAUCUUCCACAAAGUAGAUGCCCUGCUAGUAUCAUCACGUUGACCAAGCGACACAGAUUGAAAUCAUGCAGUGCAGUAAAGGCUAAGAACUCAGUACUGAGGCCUCUUGUUGCAUAUCCUGGGGAUGGAAAUGUGAAAACCACAGUGCUUGUCGAUGGUGUACAGCUUCACUCUAUUCUGAAUGACACUAGUAUGCAGCCUCAAGAGGCAAGGCCAUUGUUCUUGUUGAAUGGCCUUAUUGACCUGGUGUUCACAACAGGAGAGCUGGCAAGUAGCAAUGGACUGGGAAGGCGAAAUAAUAGUAAAGCAAAUCCAGGAAGUAACAGGCCUUUGGACAACAUAAGAGUUGAUGCAGUAAAAGCUUUCUUGAAAGCCACAUGCAAUGAAAAUGGCUGGACAUAUCCAACAACAAAAGAAUUCAACAAAAAGUUCACCAACAAGAUAGGCAAUGCCAGACUGAAGACUAAAAAGAUUCAAAGAAAUCUAAUGUUUAAAAAAAGUUAAAUGGAUUGUCAAGCUGAAAGUACAAUUUAUUUACAAUUUGUCAGCCUCAGGAACUGCUGUAUUGUUCAUAAACUCUAUUUUUUGCAUUUGAGCCAGAAGACAGUGGACAACACCUACACAUUCUGCUAGGUAUUUCCAGAUGCUGCUCUUUAGUUUCUAAGGAGUCUUAGCUACAUCAUUAGACCCAUUUCUAAUCAUAUGACAUUUCAACCUACUUGCCGUACAUUGUGCUUUCAGUAGCACUGGUGACUCUUAGAAUGUACGCUGAAUGGGAGCCUUUGGACAGGACUUCAUGGUUUUAAUAACCCAGUUUGUGAUGUCUAAUCAUUUUUGCAAAUUGCUUUGCAAACUAUAGAGCCUAAAAUUGUUUCCAUUAUUCCUGCUCUGCUGAAAACUAUCUCAUUUUCACUAUUUUAAAGUGCAUCUUGGAAUUUCAUGGCAGUUGUUUCACUGCACAUAAUGUUCCAUAUAUCGAAUGAAGCAGGGUGUUCUUACAGUUUUGAAACAUUAUUCUGAGAUAUGCUUGAUGUGAACAGCAGUAGUGUAGUGCUUAGAUCCUGUAGGUCUUUAUUGUUUCAACCUCUUCUUCUAUAAGAAGAGGUACUAUUAAUGUACACUGGGAAUGCAGUGAAGAAAAAGUAUGGAUGAAUACACUUCUAGGGCAGCAAUAGAACACGAGGGAAUAAGAAAUUUAAUUUUUGCCAUUAACUGGAUUUUUAUCUACAGAAAUUAUUUAUUGUCUGAUAUUCAUGGGGGGAACUUGCUCACCAUAAAUAUUUUAAAAAGAAUAGGCACAAAUGUAGGAAUUUUAUAUUUAACUCUUUCAGAUAAAACAUUUGAGUUAAUUCAGGAUCCUUUCUAUGAAGGCUAGGAUCUGCCACAGCCACUUAAAUCUUUUGUUACUGUCAUUUGCACCUCACACAGUUUCACAGGCUGUUUUAUUUUUUGAAAGUAAUAAUAAUAAUGACUUAACACAGUAGACUCUAGGCAUCUUGCCAGGUUUGUUUGUUUUUCUUUCAGCUUUUCCCGGUUAGGGGUCACCACAGCGGAACUCCGGUCUGCUAAUGAUUGGCAGUCGAUUUUU